AUGGGAGUAUGGCUUCGGUGACCUUGUGGUCUUUUUUUUUUUUUUUUUUUUUUUUUUUUUAUUUUGCAUUGUGUUGUAGUCCAUUAAUUUUGAAUGUUUUAUUUUGCAUUAUAAAAAAGCAACGGCUAUAUGUAAUUUUAAUUAUAAUUUAGAAUUUUAAAUUAAAUUUAUUUUAUUAAAUUAGAUAAUUAAAAUAUAGAAUUUUAAUUUAAAAAUAUAAUUAAAGUAUAUAAAUAAUAAUACAAAUAAAAUUAAUUAAGAAAUAUAUAUAUAUAGAUAUAGAGAGAGUGUGUAUUAUGGUGGGAGACCCUGAAAAAGUAAGAAACUAGCAACACCCUGUAUAGAAACUGGCAACACCCUGAAAAAGUAAAAAAACUGGUUUAAAGUAGGUGUCGUUUCAUUUUCUUGUUUUGAGAAAACACCUUGUACCUCUUUCAAUAUCCUUGUUGAAAUUUUUAAGCAUUUUGAUAUUCGGUCGAUAUUGUUUGUUCUGUUGAGUUGCAGGGCUGUUUAUAAAUUGUUGGGAUCAAUGGCAGAAAAGGGGCAAGGACGGGCGAUUGGGAUCGAUUUGGGGACGACAUAUUCAUGUGUGGCAGCGUGGCAGCAUGAACGCAUUGAGAUUAUAGCGAAUGAUCAGGGCAACCGCACCACGCCAUCUUAUGUGGCCUUCAUCGACUCCCACCGUCUCAUCGGAGAUGCCGCCAAGAAUCAAGUUGCUAAUAAUCCCAUCAACACUAUUUUUGAUGCAAAGAGGCUGAUCGGUCGCAAAUUCAAUGACCCAACGGUUCAGAGUGACAUGAUACUUUGGCCAUUCAAGGUCAUUGCUGACUCCACCAACAAGCCUAUGAUAGUAGUAACCUACAAAGGAGAGGAGAAGCAGUUUGCAGCUGAGGAGAUCUCGUCAAUGGUGCUCACCAAGAUGAAGGAUGUCGCCGAGGCUUAUCUUGGAGAGUCGGUGAACAAUGCUGUGAUCACCGUGCCUGCUUAUUUCAACGACUCUCAGCGUCGCGCAACCAAGGAUGCGGGAGCCAUUGCCGGCCUUAAUGUUAUGAGGAUCAUCAAUGAGCCUACUGCUGCAGCCAUCGCAUACCUUGUGGAUAAACGAGCUACUUUCCGCGGCGAAAAAAAUGUGCUCAUUUUCGACCUUGGUGGUGGCACGUUUGAUGUGUCUCUGGUGACUAUUAAUGCGGGCGUCUUAAGAGUGAAGGCUGUUUCUGGAGAUACUCAUCUUGGAGGCGAGGAUAUGGACAACAGGAUGGUGAAUCAUUUCGUAAAAGAGUUCAAGCGCAAGAAAAAUAUGGAUAUUAGUGGGAACCCAAGAGCUAUUAGGAGAUUAAGGACUGCUUGUGAAAGGGCCAAGAGAAUCCUUUCCUCCACUUUUGAAACCAAUAUUGAGAUUGAAUCAUUGUUUGAGGGGAUUGAUUCCAUUUCGACUAUCACUCGUGCUAAAUUUGAGGAACUUAAUAUGGAUUUAUUCAACACAUGUAUAGAGCAGGUCAAGAUGUGCUUGCAGGAUGCUAAGAUGGAGAAGAGCAGCAUCCAUGAUGUGGUGUUGGUGGGUGGGUCGAGUAGAAUUCCCAAGGUCCAGCAGAUGUUACAGGAGUUGUUCGAUGGGAAAAAGGUGUGCAAGAGCAUUAACCCGGACGAAGCUGUGGCUUAUGGCGCUGCCGCGCUUGCUGCCCAUUUGAGUGGUGAAGGCGAUGAUAAGGUGCGACAAUUGGUUCUUUUGGAUGUUACUCCGUUGUCCCUUGGUAUUGAAUGUAAUGGAGAUAAGAUGGUGGUGUUUAUUCCGAGGAAUACAGCUAUCCCAACAAGGAAGGAAAUCAAAGAUUUCUCCACAGCGGAGGAUAAUCAGACCAAUGCGACAUUUCGGGUGUACGAGGGCGAAAGAAGCAGGGCAACAGACAACAAUCUGCUAGGGGAAUUCUGUCUCGAAGGCAUUCCAACGGCUCCCCGGGGUGCAAUUUGUUUCAAUGUGUGCUUCGACAUUGAUGCGAAUGGUAUCCUGAAGGUGUCGGCGGGAGAGGCAACGAGUGGACUAAACAACAACAUCACCAUCAACAGCUACAUGGGUAGGCUGUCCAAGGAGCAAAUAGAGAAGAUGGUUGACGAUGCUGACAAGUACAAGAGGGAAGAUGAGGAGCAUAAGAAGAAUGUUGCGGCCAUGUAUGCUGUGGAGGACUACGCCUACGAGACGAGGAACACCAUCAGAUGUGCAGCCAAGCUCACAGAAGACGACAAGAAGAAGAUGGAAGAUGCUUUUGAGUCUUUUAUACAAUGGUUGGACUCAAACAAACUUGCAGAAGCUGAUGAUUACAAAAAUAAGAUGAAGGAGCUCGAGACCAUUUUCAAUCCCAUCAUUGCCAAGAUAGACUAAGAUUGAAACUUAAUGUCCCUAAAAGAAAAAGAAUGAAACUUGAUGAUUGGUUGAGUUUAUUUUUGUUCCCUUUUGCAAGUUGCCGCGAUCGAUAAUUAUGAAAAGUUUAUGCCAUUUCAAA